AUGGAUGAACUUAUACAGAGCUUUGCUUCAUUAAAAGCAAGAAAAGUCAAUUUUAAAUAAAAUUAAGUUUGUUUUAUUUUAUUUUAUCAAUAUGAUUAUAAUAAUAUUUUUAAUUUUUUAAGAUUAUGACAAAAAUUUAAUGAUUUGUAGGGUAAAAGUAAAAAAUAUUUUGAAAAGCAAUAAAUAUUUUUUAUUAUAUGAAUUUUAAUAAAUUCCUAAAAUCUAAAUAUGUGUACCUAAUGAAUUUAUAACUAAUGAAUUUAUAAUUAUAAAACUAUACAAAUAUGACAUUAAAAUAAAAAAUGUAUAAAAAUAUCUGUAUAGUUUCAACACUACUUGUUGUUUCUUUAAAAUAAAAACUAAAAAAAUAUUUUAUGUAGAUAUGUCACAUGAAAAAUAGGGGGAGGGGCUAAGUUAAAAUGAGAGCUCAAUUUUAUUUUAGAGGCAGCAAAAUUUGAGACAAAGGAGAAGAAGACUUCAACUAACACAAAUAUUUGAUAAAAAUUUAAUUUAUAAACUGUUCAAAGGUUACACUACGUAUAACUUUGUAAUACUAUCAAUAAUGUAAUUAUUGAUUACAUUCAAUUUUUUUCCAGUCUUUGGGUAAACCGACAUAAAAUAAAGUUUGCCUUCGCUUCCCACACAAAUUUAUCAAGUAACGUCCAUGAAAAAACGCUAUUCUGUAUCAAUAAAUCAUACUUUAAUGUUCUUGUACCUUUGCUAAAUAUACAAAUUAAAAAAUACGUUAUAGGAUAAUUGAGAUGAGUGCAGCCACUGUUAUAGGUAAUUUAAUGUUUAUCUGUAAGCAACGAUAAACCAUUGCUAAAGAAAAAAGAUUCUGAGGAGCAGUUCAUUUGAUAGUGAUACUUUUUCAACAAUUUAUAUGCCAAUAUUAUAGUAAAAUAAUUAAAUAGGCUCUAUAUAUUUUCUUUAAUAAUAUUUGUUUUAUUUUGUACCGGUUUUCUCGGUUUUCUUUUGUUUUUUCUCUGUUUUUUACAUUUGCUGGAAAAAAUCAUAAGAAAAUCGACAAAUUACCUCUUUAAAGUACUUCUCUAGAGAAAUUUCCUUUCAGAAAAAUGCUAUUAUUUUAAAUCGGAGCGCAAUUGCUGGUAGAAAAAUUGUACACAGAAAAAAAAGGCCAUAAUAUUUUUUUAGUAAUACCUACAUUUCGUACAUUUUCCAUUUUUCCAACGUUUUAUCCCGAUUUUUCUUAGAUAUUAUGAAAACCGCUUGAAAAAUAAUAAAUGACCUCCCUAAAUUAUCAUCUGAAUAAAACUACUUUUCAGAAAUGGUGUCGCUCGUAUACAUUUGAGCAAGAUUUCUAGUACAAUUUUUGUGCACAGGAUAAAAAAAAAAGAGCUGAUACUGAGGAUGGGUGCAGCCACUGUUAUAGGUGAGAAGUUGGGAAGGUAGGAUACAUAAGGUUAUUUUAUUUAUAUCUGUAAGCAAUGAUAAACCAUUGCUGAUGGAAGACGAUUCCGAGCGCAGUUCGAUAAUACAUAAUUUGAAGUGUCAUCAUUUUUUUUUAACUUUACCUUCCUACGUUUUUCCCGAUUAUGAAAACAAAUUAAAAAAUCAAAAAAACGAACUGCAUCAUGAGAAAUAAGAGUAGUAAUUCUACAAAAAAGGUCUCUUGUCAUUUUUCAAUUGGAGCUAUAUUUAUGCUAGAAAACGUGGUAGGUACUUAUUUUAAAUAACAAAGUCGUGAAAAAUCGUAUUUUUAUUCUCCCGAUUAAUCGGUUUUAUUUUAAAUACCGUUUUGAAAAUCAAAAACUGACUUAUGCAUUUACCAAGUAGAUAAAAUUGAGUUUCUGAAAAAGUGCUACACUUAUACAUCAGAGCAAGUUUUCUAGGAUAAAAGUGGUCUACAGUAUAAGUUUCACUGUAAAAAAUUAAAAAUGUAAAGGAAAAAAAUCCGGCAACAAAAAAGGUGUCAUGUGAUUUUCCGAUUAAAUUAUAUUUUUCUGGUAGAAUACGUCGUCCGUGUUUUUAUAAAAUAAUAAAAUCGUAAAAUUGUAGGAUAUCUUACGUUUUUUUUUCUUUUUAAGUGUUUUCAUUUUAAAAAAUGGCGUUGAAAAUCAAAAAUAUGACCUGUUUAAAGUACCAUCUAGAUAACUUGAGCUUCAGAAAAGUUGGACGUAAAAAUUGGAGCAAGUUUACUAGGAAACGUGUCUACAGACUAGAACAAAAAGCAAUGAAGAAGAAAUAAACAUCUUAUUAAAACCAAUACAUUCUUCGCUACACUCAGAAUCCAAAAUUAAAUCACUAAAUUUUCGUAGUUUUGUAUUUUUAAGCCAAUGGAGGGAUUAAACCCUAACCCCUGUGCACGACACUGGUUCAACUUUCCCUAGAAAUAAUGGUAUUGGUGUUCUUUUGACUAUGUAAUUAUUACAAAUACCUACAAUAAAUAAUUAUUAAAAACUAACGGUAUUAAUUAUUGCAACUGAUUGUGUGAAAAAAUCUUUUUUUAUUAUAGUACACUGCCCACCUAUUGAUUUCAAAUGCAGUUUUAUUUAGAAACAAGUAAUAUUGGUCUAAGAUUAUUUAAAGGUUCCGAAAUUGUAGAAAACCUUGGGUAUUCAACUCUCCCUCUUAUUUUCUUUUUUUUUUACAAAAUAUAAUUUUUCGAAGGAAAAUGUUCAGAGGAAGAGAACCAUAUAUUAUGAUUCUUGGAGGAAAAUAGUUACAGCCCGUGACGGAACACCUUUGGCCACCGAUGAGGUCAAUGAUAAACGGGAAAGAAACCUAGGAAAUUAGAAAACAUCAAUUAUUUUUGUUUUUAGCCCUCCACCCUUUCCACUGAUGACAUAUUUUAUAUUCUCCACUGGGUGUGCAUAAUGAUGGCACUUUAUGAUUCAUGAUGAACACCUAAGUUUUACUGUAUACUAAUCGUUUUGCAGUGCACAAAUGGUGAAUUGCGCAUUAUCCAGGAUGAGAUACUUAAAUCGAACGUGCUUGAACUACAGUCACAAAACGUAGCUGCGUGUUUGAUAACGACACCAGCCGAUCCGAAAGGUUCACUCGGUAUUGUGAAGCCGUUCAUCACGCUGCUGCUCAAAAACCUCAAUCGAUAUUUCACCUUCGAAAUAACGGUGAGGCAUCAUUGCAAUUUUAGAUUCUGAUUACAGAGAGGAAUAUAUUGGUUUUACCAUAAUGUAUAUUUUUAGAUUCAGAACGUAGCGGGAGAUGUGUGUUUUUUUUUUAUCUGUAAAAAUUUUUUUGAAAAGAAAUCUUGCUCCGAUGUGAAGAGUGUAGCACCUUUUGUGAAUAGUAUUUUUCUCUAGUUGGUGCAAUAUAAAAGUUAUUUUUUGAUUUCCAAAGGACUUUUCAAAAUAAUUGGGAAAAACUCAAAAGAAAAUUAUGGGUAAAAUAGCAAAUAUUUAUUUAUUUUUACAAAAUAUUCCUCCAAUCAAAAAAUAAUAAGAUAUCUAAUUUGUUCUUUUAAAAUUAUAGCCAUUGACAUAGAAAAUCUAUUUUUGUAAUAUCUGAAUAAUUUUUUAUAUUUAUAUUAGAAAAACCAAAAAAAAUGAAAAAUACAAUUUAGUUAUUUAAAAUUGUACGACUUAUAAUUUCUACCAAUAUAAAUAUAGCUCUAAUAGAAAAACGACAAGAGACCUUUUUUUGACUAAUUUUUUUAACUUGUUUGUGAGUAAGAGUUUUUGAUUCUUUGAAUUUUUUUAAUAAUUUAGUAAAAUCGAAAAAUACGUAAAAAGAACGAGAAAAUUAACAUAAUAAUUAUUUUAUUCUUUUAGAUUUAGUUUUUUUUUUUAAAGUAAUUUAGUUAAUAAUAUUCGUGAAGACUUGAAAUUUUGACAGAAAACUUAUAUAUUUGUUUUUUUAAUAUAUGGUAAAAUUUUCAAACAGUUUGUGCCUUUUUUUAAUUAAUUAAAGGCAUUUUAGUUUUCAGAGUUUUUUACGUAAUUUUUAUUUGAUAGGUAUUCUGUAGAUCAAAUUUUUCUAUUCAAACGCCGCGCACUAUGCCAUGCAACCACACAAGCGCAUAGUGUUCCAUACUCUCCCCCUGCCUGAAAUAAAAUGUGGAAUAUCUCGUCAACAAGUUAAUAGAGAUUAAAAAUAUUAACACCAAAAUGUAUUCGAAUUAAUACUCCAUAUAUCUAUGGAAUUUCGAAUGUAGGCUGUCGUUUAAAUUUUAGAAGUUGAUCCCUAAAAUUUCCACUAAAACAGCGUCUAUAAAUUUCAAGCCCACGUAUAAUUUUAGAUUACACUAUUUAAUAAAAAUGUUCACUAUACAUUAUUCUCUAUUUUGUAUAUUUAUAGGAGAAAAUUUCUGUAACGUACAAUUCUGAUCAUUCUGUAUAAUAUUUAGUGAUUUAAUUUUGGAUUCUGAGUGUAGCGAAAAAUGUAUUGGUUUUAAUAAGAUGUUUAUUUUAUCUUCAUUGCUUUUUGUUCUAGUCUGUAGACACGUUUCCUAGUAAACUUGCUUCAAUUUUUACGUACAACUUUUCUGAAAGCUUAAGUUAUCUAAAUGGUACUUUAAACUGGUCAUUUUUUUGAUUUUCAAUUUCAUUUUUUAAAUAAUAGUACUUAAGUGGGAAAAAAACGUAGAAAAACGUACAAUUUCACGAUUCAUUAUUUUAUAAAAACACGAACGACGUUUUCUACCAGAAAAAAUGAUUUAAUCAAAAAAUCACAAGAUACCUUUUUUGUUGCCGACUAUUUUUCCUUUAAAUUUGUUAUUUUUUACAGCGGAAUUUUAUUUUUAUUUUUAUACUGUAGACCAUUUUAUUGUUGAAAACUUUCUCCAAUGUAUAAGUUAAGCACCUUUUCAGAAACUCAAUUUUAUCUACUUGGUAAAUACAUAAGUCAGUUUUUGAUUUUCAAAACGGUAUUUAAAAUAAAACCGAUUAAUCGGGAGAAUAAAAAUACGAUUUUUUCACGACUUUGUUAUUUAAAAUAAGUACCUACCACGUUUUCUAGCAUAAAUAUAGCUCCAAUUGAAAAAUGACAAGAGAUCUUUUUUGUAGAAUUACUACUCUUAUUUCUAAUGAUGCAGUUCGUUUUUGAUGUUUUAAUUAGUUUUCAUGAUAAUCGGGAAAAACGUAGGAAGGUAAAGUUAAAAAAAAAUGAUGACACUUCAAAUUAUGUAUUAUCGAACUGCGCUCGGGAAAUCGUCUUCUGUCAGCAAUGGUUUAUCAUUGCUUACAGAUAUAAAUGAAAUAACCUUAUAUAUCCUACCUUCCCAACUUCUUACCUACAACAUUGACUGCACCCGUCUUCAGUAUCAGAUCUUUGUUUUUUUAUUUUUAUUAUUUUGUACAACAUUAAUGCGACCAAACUACCAUAUUUUUCAUUUAUUUUAUCUUAUACAGGGUGAUUAUUUUAUCGUUGAACACUCAUUAUUUCGUAAAUAUUUUAUAAAGUUUACGAAACAAGCAGAUCUAAAAUUUUAUACCACCAUUAUUUUUAGAAGCAUAGCUAAAAAUAUUUUUUUGGGUAGGCCAGAUAAAAUAAUUUAAAUGUUUGAAUAGGAAAUAUUACUUAAAAUGAUUUUAAAUUUGUGUUGAUUUUCGGAGAAUAAUGGGAAGGUCUGCCAGACCAAUCCGCUGGCUACUCCUGUGAUUAUUUUUUGUUAUCCUUAUUUUUGGAGUUGAAGCAAUUACCAUUUUCAAAUGGUAACUCAUAUUAAAUUAUACCUGUUUAUAGAUAGGGCAUUAGUUUAAAUAAAUAUUGGUUUUGAAAUUGAUAAUUUACAUCAAUCCGUUGACGAAAUAUUCCAAUUAUUUGGUAGGGGAAUGUUGAGGAACACGUUGAUGAUGCUCCAUUAUUUUUUAAUUUUAUGUAAAACAAAUUCCGAAAAAAGUUAAUACUUUCUGAGAUAAUGGGUGACUGUUAUGUUGAUCACUCCGUAUUAUAUUUAUUUUUUAUUACGGUUUUAUACGGUGAAAUGGAAAAAAUGUAGGUUUUGGAUGAUGAGAAUAUUCGCCGACGUAUCCGAGUGAGUAAUUACCAGUCCGCGACCCGGAUGAGCACGUUUAUGUGCUCCAUUCCGCUGUGCUUAAGCGAGGACUGGAGUCAAGUGCAGUUUAAUUUGGCCGACUUCACCAAUCGCACAUUCAACACCAACUACAAGGAGACGGUUCGAGUCCAGGUGCACGCCAAUUGUCGGCUGAGGAGGGUGUAUUUCAGCGAUGAACAGUAUAACGACGAUCAAUUGCCAAACGAUUACAGGAUGUACAGAACAAAGAUGAUCCGUGAAAAGCCCAAAAAGGGUGUUAUCCCCAAGAAAAAAGGGGGCGCCAAGAAAAAUGACUGA